AUGGGGGGUCUCAUUGUGAAGGAGGCCUACAUGCAGGGACAGAACGACCCAGAGUACGAGUCCAUAGUCAAGUCCAUUGCGGCGAUCAUAUUUCUCGCAACACCACAUCGCGGGACAAACCUGGCUCAGACAUUGAAUCGCAUACUGCGGUCGAGCAUGAUCACCGACUCGAAGCAGUACAUCGCUGAUCUAGCCAAGAACUCCCUGACGCUGCAAAAGAUCAAUGAACAGUUCCGACACAUCGCACCCAAACUUGACAUCGUUUCCUUCUACGAAAGUCAGCCGACUUCGGUUGGAUUGAACCAUCGUGUUAUGGUCUUAGAGAAGGAUUCCUCUGUGCUUGGUUACCCUGGAGAGAUAUCGAAAGCCUUGAACGCAGAUCACCAUGGUGUAUGCAAAUACGAGAGUCCAAGAGAUCCCAACUACAUCACCGUCCGGAAUGUCCUCAAGUCAUUGGUUAGCAAGCUUAUCUCAACGAGCAAGUCCAAGAAGGCAGUAGCAACAACCCGAAGGGAAUCUUUAGAUCUAAAGUCUCUGCUUGCUAUUACUGACAUUCCUGCUACCGACUACGUCUUUUAUCGGGAUCAGUGGGUCGAAGGAACGAGCAACUGGAUUUUACAGAAUGAUUCGUAUCAGGAAUGGCUCGAAUCGGACUCUGGGUCUCAUGUUCUCUGGCUCAGUGGCGGCGCUGCGGCGGGAAAGUCGGUCCUAUCCUCAUUCAUCGUGAACAGUCUCGUGGAGUCCGGUGCGUGUUGCCAGUACUUUUUCGUCAGGUUCGGGGACCAGAAGAAGCGAACUCUCAGUCUGAUGCUACGCUCAAUUGCCUAUCAAGCGGCCCAGAAAAUCCCUGAUUUCUUGGCAAAGGUCAAUGAGCUCGUGGAUGAGGGAAUCAAUUUUGAAGUCGCCGAUCCGCGCACCAUUUGGGACCGCAUCUUCAAAUCCAUUCUGUUCACCAUCGACUUCCAGGAACCGCUGUACUGGAUAAUCGAUGGGCUCGACGAAGCGGAUAACCCCCGUGCGGUUAUUAGGCUGUUAACGGAUAUCUCUUCGUCAUCGGUGCCAAUCCGAGUGCUUCUUACCAGCCGGAAAACCUCGGAGAUCGCGGCAGCUUUCCAAAAGAUCCCCGAGUCCCUCAAUCUUGCUUCGAUAAGCGUUGACGGCCACGAAGAAGAUCUGCGUCGCUACGUAGACCAGGAGCUAAGCAUGCCAGGAGAUGAUGGGUUCAAACGGGAAAUACAACGGCGAAUCGUCGAAGGAGCCCAAAACAACUUUCUCUGGGUGCGUCUGGCAGUUGGCAAGGUCAACUCAUGUCACAGAAAGGCUGACGUUGAGCUGGCACUUCAACAACUUCCAGUUGGCAUGGAAGGACUUUACGAUCUUGAGCUGUCCUAUGCACUGGAUGAGGAUACUUCUGAGGUCCUAGAUCUCUCCCGGUCCAUAUUUGACUUGUGCGGAGGCUUCAUAGUCGAUGACAACAAUGGCCAUGUUGCCAUGAUACAUCAGACUGCCCGAGAUUGCAUACGCUGUCUUAUGACGAUCGGUCUCCGGGCCAAGAUCAAUCGAAAUCAGACGCCAGACUUUCUCGACUAUGCUGCGAGCUCCUGGUCCUCACACCUGGCAUCCACCUCCGCAGACUCUGAAGAAGUGAGCGAGAUUCUGAAGAAGUUCUUGACCGGGAACUGGGUCUUAGCAUGGAUCCACUUUCUGGCGGCCAAGCAGCAGCUCCAAAUUGUCAUCCAAGUUUCCAGACAUCUCUCGAAGUAUACCGAAAAACGAAGACAAACCUAUUCCGGAACGCAGACAGAAAUGAGCACUCAACUUGGUAGCCUGGAGCUCAUUGACAACUGGGCAAUCGAUCUCAUCAAAGUUCUUGGCAAAUUUGGCAACACUUUGCGACGGAACCCAGAAUCUAUAUACAAGAUCAUUCCCCCCUUUUGCCCCAAGAAUUCCGCCAUAUACCAGCUCUUCGGCAAAGCCGAGUCUAAAACCCUCGCAAUUUCAGGCGUCUCAGCGACGAAUUGGGAUGAUUCUCUUGCUCGCAUAUCACCAGGGCUUGGGUAUGCCUCAUCCAUCUGCGCAGCAGGAUCUCAGAUCGCGAUUCUAUCCUCUUUGGACAAUAUCGAGUCGCAGCCUACACCGCUGACCAUGCUGUUUCGCAACAACAACACAUCGCUGAUUGUAGGGUCGGACGAUGGACGUAUUCGAUCACUCGACUUGACUCUUCCGAGUCCAACCUGGCAGCUCGUGGCAGAGCUUGAGGAGACCGAACUUGAUGGUCACUUUCUGAAUGCCUCAAACUACAUGGCUCUGAAUCGAGAUGGCACCUUGAUUGCAGCGGCUUAUCGAGGAUAUCCAUUCUCGGCAUGGGUUAUUGAGGGCUCCGAACACAUUGGGUACUGUUGGCGCACGCGAGAAACAUUCGCCCGAGGUGAAGUGAUUGCUGCAGCAUGGCAUCCUCACUCCCCUGAGGUUAUUGGUCUCUAUCUCGAAGGCGUGGUCUUUAAGUGGAGUCCAUACGAAAACGAGGUGGAAGAGAUAUCUGCUGGAGCAUCCAGGCUCGCAUUGAGCAAGGACGGAGAGCUCUUUGCAACAGGAGACGUCCACGGGACGGUCAAGGUGUACAUAACGUCUGGGCUUUCCCUCCUAUACCAACUGGCUUCCCAGGAUACCGUACUGGAUCUUUCAUUCAGUCCGGAUCUUCAUCGAUUCUACGACAUCCGUGGCCACUAUGGAAAUGCUUGGGAACCCAACGUUCUCUUGAAGUACGCGACACGCACUGGUUUGAACGACAUCGACGGCGGCAGCGAAACAGAAAGUCUUCAGGCAUCAACCACGUCUACGAAUGCGUCUCUUCGCGUUGACUCCAUCACGGUCGUCGCAGCAUCGCCUGCAGGGCGAUUGUAUUGCUACGGGACAGAGAGGGGAACCGUGGUUCUGUACGACAUGCAGUUGAAGAAACUAGCCGAAAUUCACGCCGCUAGAGGAUUUCUCAGCAUAGAACAAAUUGUGUGGAGCAGCGAUGGGCGAUGGAUUUGCUUCUGUGACUCAAGUAAGAAGAUGUUCAUCAUAGCGGUGAAGACGUUGACGGGGAUGGCAGAUCCCGCCGUUGAAAACAAGGGAGAGCUGCCGAUGAAGAAUGUGGCUAAAGGACCCAUUCAGCAACUGGUUUUCAAUCCCGACUCCAAAAGUCUUUUGGUCCAAGCCGCAACAUCAUUCCACGUCAUCUCACUGGAAGGUCCGCCUAGUGUGACGGAUUCUUUGGACGUGUACCAGGCUGAAAGGACAACUAUGAUACAUCCUCAAGACCCGGGGCUUCUCAUCGCUUUCGAGCCAAACUUCAUCCGAAUCUUGGAUUGGAAGCUCGGCGAGAAACGAACGCGGGCGAUCCAAAGUCUGCUGCUUGGGCUUGGGGACACAACGAUGACCGCGAAUGUGUGGAAAUUCGAAAGGGUACUCGUGACGCACGACAAGGCUCACAUUGUAGCUCAAAUCCUUGAUCUUUCUCUCAAUGCUCAAGAGAGAAGGCUCGUUUCCUUUGAGGUUUCAGCACUGUCAGCUCUCUCAACUACUGCCUCGGCCGACAAUUUGGCUGCUCAAUGCCCGCCCCUGCAGCCGUCAGUCGUGCCGAAAGAGAUUUCAUCGCAGGUCAAUCAGAUUCUCUCGUUUCACUCCCAUGGUCGCCUUGUUUUCUUGUCUCGAACACUCUCAAUCUGCUCCCGGCCGAUGUCAUUUGGUUCGCGAGGGUCACAACCGACGGCAUCAACCCCUGCCGUGAAAGGUGAUGGCAAUGAACUGAAAUCCAACAACUCACACGCGAUCGGCGUGGGUGUACCACCGAGCGGGAAUGGCUCAUCUGCAAUCAAAGAGCUUUUUCCACUGCCGGGUGACUGGUCCAAUUAUGGGCUGAUGGACUCGGAAAAGCCUAAAUUGAAGGCACGCUCGCACUUACGAGCUAGAGACUUCGAUCUUGUCCGCGUCCCAGUAGCAUCUCGCCACCUCGACUCAAUUCUACUCUUCAAACCCAUCUUAGCACGUCUUCACUUUUCAGGCCCACGCCCACCAACGCCAACCACCAUGGCGGCACCCGAUAUUACGGUAGCCCAAGGCCACCUCAACAAAGUCGAUAUUGACAGACCCGAGUUCAUCAACAUGGUGGAAGAUGCCAAGGCGAGCAAUGAGGCCGACGCACUACUGACGGUCCGCGAGGCUCUCAAGAAGUAUAAGGCGGCCAUGUUCUGGGCCAUGCUUUUAUCCGUGGCAUUGAUCAUGGAGGGCUUUGACGGCAACAUGAUGAGUUCGUUCUAUGGGCAGGCGCAGUUUCAGGCGCGCUUCGGCACCUACAAUGAACGUGAGGGCAAGAACCUCAUCCCGACAGAGUGGCAGACAGGCCUUUCCAACACAUCUGCAGUCUCCCAGCUACUCGGUCUCGUUAUCAACGCCUGGGCGCAGGACAAGUUCGGAUCCCGCAAAACGCUCAUGUUCUUCAUAUUCGUCAUGGCGCUCGCCCUUUUUAUCCCUUUCUUCUCUCACAGCCUGCCGGUCCUGGCCGUUGGUCAGUUUGCCUACGGCAUCCCGUGGGGAGUUUUCCAGGUAGGAGACGUGACGUAUGACAACUUGGGCCGGAUAGCCUGA